AUGGCUUUGCAGUCACCGGUACAUGAUCCGUCAUUUUCAAUGUGGGCGCCGCCUUACUUCAAUUCUGACCAGAUGUCGAUCCCUAUAUUCCCAAUGGCUGGGGUGCCCAAUGAUUCUCUAACCAAAACAACUUCUAUCGUUCCAUUCACAACUUGGUCAUCGACCUUAGGCAGAUCCCUGCGUCGACUUUGGCAAUUGGUUUGCACUGGCAGGCAUGUUCAUGGAGAAUGGGAGGCAAGAAGCUCGUCUUCUGGUUUGAAUCUUCAUUCUCAAUACGCUGUUACUAGUGGUGGAUUUAUGGGAGACAUCAUAUUCAACGGAGGCAAGUACGGGAUUCAAGUUGGUAACCAGCAGUUCACAGUUCGUAACUUGAUAGUAAACAAUGCUGCCACUGGAUUCACAUUUCAGGCUAUCAUUGAUGCAGUCGUGACCAAUACCCCCAUUUUUCUUCGAUCUUCGGUAGCGAGCAAAGGUCAACUGGCUGGCUUCCUCGUUCUCAACAACAUCAAGUUGAUAAAUGUGCCCACCGCAGUCGGUGUUGUAGGCGGAACUACGGUCCUUGCUGGUGGUACGACUACGAUCGCUUCGUGGGGUCAAGGAAAUGUAUAUUCUGGAACCAGUGGAUCCAAGAAUUUUACGCAAGGAAACAUCGUCUCUGCCAACAAGCCCUCCGUCCUUUUGGAUAGUGCUGGUCGAAUCUUCGGAAAGACUCAUCCUCAGUACGCAAACUACGCUAUGAGCCAAUUUGUCACUGUCAAGAAUCAAGGUGUGAAAGGUGAUGGCCACACCGAUGACACCACCACUAUUCAAAACAUCCUGAAUGAGUACGCUGGAUGCAAGAUCAUCUUCUUUGAUGCUGGAACAUAUUAUGUGACCAAUACCAUCACUAUGCCUGCUGGAGCUCAGAUUGUCGGUGAAGCCUUUAAAUUAGUGAUGUUCUGGCCCGGCUUGGCCCAAAGCCACGGCUUUGGCCUGCAAAAAAUCAAAGCCAGGCCAAAGCCGCAAAUGACGGUUGGCUUUGGCCUAGCUCUGGCCUGA